UAAAGUGCAGAAUAAAUGCAACACGGUCGACCAGAGUUCUGCCUCUUCUUUCCAUUUUCUGCUUGCUUCGUUUCUCACAUACCUCACUGUGCCUUGAAAAGAAAUGCAACUCCUGGGCAUCACUGUCGCUUUGGGACUACUGGGGGGGAUAUGGGCUCAGCCGAAUAUUUUGCUACCCGAGUGCGACUCCCUUGAGGCAGAGGAGGCUGCUCUGGUGGCUCAAGAUCACCUCAACGCACAGCACACCCAUGGCUACAAGUACACGCUGAACCGGAUCGAAGAGAUCAAGAUCCACACUGUGCCUGAUGGAAGCAAUACAUAUGUGAUGGAAAUUGAAUUGCUGGAGACCGACUGUCAUGUACUGGACCCCACACCUGUUGCCAACUGCACAGUCAGGCCCAAACAUCUGACGGCGAUUGAAGGGGAUUGUGAUGUGGUGCUAAAGAAGGUUGCUGGUGUUCUCACUGUCCUGGCAUUCAAAUGUAAAACAGAAGAAUCAAGAGAAGACUUGUGCCGUGGCUGCUCUACCCUCCUUCCUCUGAAUCACACGCAGGGGCAGGACUUUGUUCAAGCCUCACUGAUAAAACUCAACAAUGAGACACAAAAUUUGACUUAUUCACUCUUGGAGAUUGGAAGGAUGUCUUCACAGGAUGUGGCUGGUGGGCAAAGGUACAAGGCAGAAUUUGUUGUAGUUGAGGCCAAUUGCAUCAAUGACACCUGCACACCCCUGAAUGACACUAUGGCUGCACGUGGAAUUUGCCUUUCCGAAGGCACAAUCGAUCCCAGCGUGAACUGCAAGAUGUUUUCCACUCUGAUGCCACUUGUGGAUGCAAACAACACCAUAGUAUCUCCCUUGCCACCUCAAGUUCACAACCACACUGGUAGGGUUUCUCACAAGCAUGGCACUGGACACCACAAACUCACAGCCCUCCACAACCCCCACAUGAGCAGCUAUUUGUCAGAAUCUGCGGAAUCUGCUGAAGUGGUCCCUGUUGCCCCCGCUCUAAUUGUUCCUGCUGCUGAACCUGCCAGUCCCUCGCCAGUUGCUGAUGACUCGUCUUCAGACGCUUCGUCAGCCAGCGUGGAAGUCCCCAUCGCUUUGGUGAAGAGAGAGGCACCCGCCUCAAUUGUUGCUCCUGCAGCUCCUGUUGCUCCACUGCAAGUGUGCCCAGGAAGGAUCAGAUUCUUCUAAAUGUCUUAAGCUCCUAAAGACUAAAUAGUUGCUUUAACUACACUGGUACUAGAGGAACUGCUGCAAGUGUUUCGUAAUACUCUUAGAUUCAGAAUAGUUUGAAACUGGUCAUGUAAGCAUUUUGAAAAGAAACAAGAUUAUACUAGAAAUUAAUAAAGAUCGGUCCUUGUUUUUAACUC